AAGCAAUCUGUGCCAAACCGACUUCAAAGUCAAAACAAAAAGUGCAACUUUCUUGACUCCAUAAUCCACAUAAAUACAAGCACACAACUACCCACUUUCUGGCAACACCAAAAAACUCUGGUAUAUUCUAAUGGAAGACCGAAAACUCAGGAACUAUCUAUUUUCUUCUUCAUCUUUUACGCCCUCAUUUCUUGGAUUCUUACAUCCUCAAAAACCCUGAAAUUAGCAAAAAAAAUCAUUUAAUUCAUAAGAUAUAGCAAGUUGCAACCUUUAAUUUUCCUUCAAGCUACAAGGAAUCAAUCACGGCUUUUUUUUGGAUCAAAUUCCAAAACACCACCAAUUUGAAACAAAAAACCCAUUUCAAGAACAAUAAUUUUAGUAUUUUUAGAACCCUAGAAAUUGAAAAACUGAGAACCCCUUUGCCUCACGGAGGCAGGGGUGCUCUACCUUCUGAAGGUGGUUGUCCUUCUGAUCUUUUGUUUCUGGCAGGUGGUGGUGUUUUUGGGAUUUACCCUUUUUUGUUUUUGGGUUUAGUUUUAGUGGGUAUUUUUUAGAUUUGGAUUUUAUUGAUUUAUUUUGGAAAUUAGAAAAAGGAAAGGAUGGGGAUUUUGGAGAAAAGUCUUACCAUUAAAAGAGUUCCUACUGUUUUGAGUAAUUAUCAAGAGGAAGAUGGUGGUGCAGGUGAAAAUUUUGGUUGUGGACGUAAUUGUCUUGGAAAAUGUUGCUUGCUUGUUUCCAAGCUUCCUUUAUACACAUACAAGAAUGAAGAUGAAGAUAUGAUUGAAAAUGACACGACAUAUUCAGUCGAUCAAACGCCUGGGAUUUCCUUUCUUUACGAUCUCUUGUUGGGACAGUGGGAGGACAGGAUGAGGAGAGGUUUCUUCCGAUAUGAUGUAACCCAAUGUGAAACCAAAAUUAUACCCGGGAGAUAUGGAUUUAUUGCCCAGCUAAAUGAGGGACGUCACUUAAAGAAACGGCCUACUGAAUUCCGUGUUGAUCAGGUUCUUCAGCCAUUUGAUGAUAAUAAAUUCAACUUCACAAAGGUUGGCCAAGAAGAAGCACUCUUUCGGUUUGAGCCUAGUAACGACAUGACGUGUUAUCAUCCUAGUGCGCUGAUCAGUCUGGAAUCCGAGUCCCCAAACAUUGUUGCUAUAAAUGUGAGCCCGAUAGAGUAUGGACAUGUCCUGUUGAUUCCUCGAAUAUUUGAUUGCUUACCUCAGAGAAUCGAUCAUACAAGUUUCUUGGCUGCACUUCAUUUUGCAAAAGAAGCCGCGAACCCUUUAUUUAGAGUCGGAUAUAAUAGUUUAGGUGCAUUUGCGACAAUCAAUCACUUGCACUUCCAGGCGUAUUACUUACAAGCGCCUUUUCCUGUCGAGAAAGCCCCGACUGAAGCUAUAUCUAAAAUAAAUGAUAUCAUUAAAACCGGAAUUGUGAUAUCCCAACUUUUGGAGUAUCCUGUUCGCGGGUUUGUUUUCGAGGGUGGCAAAACCCUCAAACAUUUAUCCGAUGCUGUAGCAAGUGCAUGCAUUCGCCUUCAAAAUACGAAUUUUCCUUUCAACGUUCUCAUCUCUGGUUGUGGGAAGAAGGUGUUCUUGUUUCCCCAGUGUUAUGCUGAGAAACAAGCUCUAGGACAAGUGAGCCAGGAAGUGCUGAACACACAAGUGAACCCAGCAGUAUGGGAGAUAAGUGGACAUAUGGUGCUGAAAAGGAGAGAAGAUUUCGAAAAAGCAUCCGAGGAAUAUGCAUGGAAGCUCCUAUCUGAGGUUUCUCUAUCCAAUGAUAGGUUCGAAGAGAUCAAGGCCGUGGUAUUGGAAGCUUCGGGAUUACAAGAGAACAACCCAGAUAGAACGAGCGUACAAGGAACGAAAGUAAAAGAAAAAUCUUCUCUCGAGCCUUGUGAUUCAACCCGACUACUGCUAAGAGAUGGUAUAGUUCUGCAGUGAUGACCCGAGUCAACGUCGCUGCGUUGUUGCUUUCUUCUAUUGUAUGUUGUCUCAACUUCGAAUAGACUCGAUGGUCCUCGACAUUCUUUUCUUUGGUGUGUGUUGGGUCGGACGAUAGAUUCCGUCAAAAGUAGGAUAUGCUAAUAAAACUUGUGUAGUCCUGGAAGUUCAAUCUGAGAUGCAAAUUUCUGUUCUGUUUAUACGAGUUAAAUUAAUCGACCAUCUGUUAUACGUAUAUUUGGAAAUUUGCACAUUUUACAGUUUCAAGGGUACCUUUUUCAUUA